GCACACGCACCAUGCCCACGUCGGCCUGGGACGAGCGUCGCCGCAGCGCCGCUGCCGAGCGCCGCGCCGCCCGUGCCGAGCAGCGCCAGCACGCCGGCAGCAGCCGCAGCGGCGCCGGCAGCAGCCGCAGCGCACUGCCGCCGGACCUCACCGCACGCGCCCUCCUCGGCGGCGUCGCCGUCGGCACGCUGCUCGCCUUCACAAAUCUCUACUUCGGCCUGCAGUCAUCGUGGAUCACCAUGGCGUCGCUGCAGGCUGCACUCGUCGGGUACGGCCUCGUGCGCAUCGUGCCGCCGCUGCCGGCGCCCCUGGCGCGCUACUUUGUGCGCCGCGGCCAGACGGCGCAGCUCUCGCCGCAGGAGAACGCCGUGCUGCAGGCGACGGCCGUGAGCCUGGGCAGCAUGCCGCUCGCCGCCGGCCUCAUCGGCAUCAUUCCCGCCCUCUCGCUGCUCGAGCCGGCGCGCGACGGCGCCGUGCCGCUGCGCCUCGACACGCCGCACCUGCUCAUGUGGAGUGCCAGCAUGGCCUUCUUCGGCGUCUGCUUUGCUGCGCCACUGCGAGUGCCCUUCAUCCUGCGCGAGGCGUUGCGCUUCCCAUCGGGGACAGCGACGGCGCAGCUCAUUGCUGUGCUGCACCGCGUGCCUCUGCGCCGUGCUGCACCCGUCGCCGCAGCAGAAGACGAGCGAGGGUCUGCCACGCCGGCUCGCGGCAGCGGCGAGCAUGAGCGCAUGCUCGACUGGGACGAGCGGCCGUCGGAGCAGGAGACACAGGCGCUGGAACAGGCACGUGCCGAUGAGCAGCGCCAGGCCGACGACGAUGAGGCGGAGGGCGAGCGGCAGCAGAAGGAGCUGCAGGAUGGCUGGAAGCCGCUUGGGUGGAGCUUCGCUGCUAGUGCUGCUGUCACGCUGGCGGCGUACUGGCUGCCAGUCAUCUUUGCCAUCCCUGUCUUUGACGUGCUCGUGCCGGCGCAUAACCUAGCUCGCACCUGGGGUUGGUGGCUCACGCCAUCGCUGUCCUAUGUUGGACAAGGUGUAAUCAUGGGCUUGCCGACCACGGCGUCCAUGUUCGCCGGUGCACUCGUUGGCUGGGCAAUUCUGAGCCCGCUGGCCACACAUCGAGGCUGGACUGACGGUCUACCAAUGGACGCAGACGUUGGAGGCCGCGCGUGGAUCCUCUGGGUGUGCCUGGCCAUCAUGACGUCCGAGUCUCUCGUCGGGCUGCUCGUGCUUGCUCUGCCCACGCCGAAGGGCUCCAGAAGCCAAUCGCGCGGCGCCGGCAGCGCCGAGGAGGAGGACGAGCCGCCAGAGCGGCAGACGCCCACGACCUGGGUGCUCAUUGGCCUGGCGCUCUCCACGGCACUCGCUGUCGCCUUCCUCGUGCUGCUGUUCGGCGCGCAGGGCGUGCGCGUCUGGACCGUCGUCGCUGGCAUUGCCAUCGCAAGCGUGCUCUCCGUGCUCGCCUGCCGCUCUCUCGGCGCCACGGAUCUCAACCCGGUCAAUGCGCUCGGCAAGCUCAGCCAGCUAGUCUUCGCCCUGCUCUCGCCCGGCAACAUCCUCGCCAACCUCGUCGGCGGCGCCCUGUCCGAGGCCGGUGCGAUGCAGGCCGGCGAGCUGAUGCAGGACUACAAGACCGGCCAUUUGCUGCAUGCCUCGCCGCGCGCACAGUUCAUCGGGCAGCUCGUUGGCAGCAGUGCAGGCGUGGUCAUCUCGACUCUGGCAUACAAGCUCUACGAGCGCACGUAUGUCAUCCCAGGUCCAGACAUGCCCGCGCCGGCCGCGCGUCUCUGGCUCAACUUUGCGCGCCUCGUCAACGCCGGCGCCCUGCCGCGCAACGUCUCGGGCUUCAUGAUCGUCGCCGCGGCGCUCUUCGCCGUCAUGGGCGCGCUCAAGGCACUGGCUGCCCGGCGCGCUGCCGCUCGGCUCAGCUCGCGGAACACGGUGCAACGAGUGGCACGCUGGGAGCGCCUGGCGCCGCUGUUGCCCAACGGCAUUGCCUUUGCCGUCGGCCUCGGCCUGAACACUCCCAACUACAGCAUCGCCCGCCUCGCCGGCGGCCUGCUCGCGCAGCACUACAUCUCGCGCAACGCCAAGCACUCGGGCGCGAGGCAGAGCAGUGGCGGGCCCGGAGGCGUCUCACCGCUGCCGCCCGUCGGGCUGCUCGUGCUCAGCGCCGGCUUUGUGCUGGGCGAGGGCUUUGCGUCCAUCGUGGCGCUGCUGCUGCGGGAAGCGGGCGUGCAGCCCCUCUCGUGCUGGGGCUGCCGCGGCGGCUGCGCCGGUGGCUGCUCGUGAUGGAUCUCUAGAAUGACAACGCCACGCUGCGCUUUCAUCAG